AUUUAAGCCUAAAUGCAAAAAGAAACCUUAGAAAGGGAAUGACAUUGUGAACAUUGAUUUAAAGCGCUUCAAACGCUGAUUAUUAAAUGAUUAUUUAAAAUUUGUAUUCAUUUUUGAAAAUAUUUUUAAAGGGAUUCAAAUAAUCAAAUUUCGGCAAAACAAGGCGUGGAAUAUUGUUGUUGUAAACCUAUUGCGUUGUUUAAAUAGUUGGAUCUCUCUGCUUACAUUUUCAGCAAUAAGCUCUUUUGACAGUUACUUAUAACAUAAGCAUAUCUGAGCCGUUUUCGAAUUUAUAUACAAAAACAUGCAGCAUGUUGUUGUAUAUAAAUUGUAAAAAUAUUUUUAUUGUGAUUUUCAGUAAUUAAAAAUAUGAAAUUUGAACAGACAGUGAAUAUAUUCUGGCUGAUGAUAUAACCCAGAAGCCAUAUCAUGGGUUUGGUGUUUGGAAUUGGAACUGGGUUAUUUUCACUUGGGAUUAUUUGGAUUGUUGGAAUUUUUGUAUGCUUGUUGUUAUCUAGAUCUGGAAAGCAAGCUGGAGUAUUCGGUAUCGGUUUCUUGCUUGUCUUGUUAACACUGGUCAUGGUGUUUUAUCCACGAAAAGAAGUUGGCGAAGUGGAUAUAGAUCAGAACGAAGAGGUGAAUGAAUAUCUUAUUACAUUUUCGACUGAGACAGACGUGGGAAUUUGCAGUGUGGAUACGUUUGCCAUCCCAAGAAUUCUCUACGCAGUUUUUAUCACAUUGUUUUUAUUGAUUGCUUUGGUUGCAUAUAUGCUUGAUCACGUGCUGAUGCCGAAUAUAGCUGCUGCUGCGAAAGUGAAAAAAACAUACACAUUUUAACAAUCACCUAAUCAAACAUCCAUGGAGAGCUGCAUAUCAUCUUCUUUUCCGAUCGUCAUUUUGUCGCGUGUUUAUUGUGGGCGUUAUACACGUGUUUUAAUGCUUUAACAAAAAAAAAACAUUUUGUAUCGUUAGACAUCCAUGUGAGAUUUAUUAUGGAAGUUGAUAUCGCCUUUACCACUAGUGUAAAGGGAAUUGUAAAGACAACAGUUUUGCUUGCUUCGGGUUUCGACUCAAACGAAAAUGGUCAAAUUGAUCGCCUAAUGAAAAAGUAGAAGGUCAUCCUACUUUUGCAAUCAAUCGACAUGAAUGGAUUUGAUCAAUUUUGCUUAGGUAGAAACCUGAAUUUUUCCAAAAAAAAGACGAGUUAUUUCUGUCGUUGUUUUUCUAUAUAAAGGUUUACAGGAAAAAAUCCUUAAUUAUUUGCAUCGAAAGAAAUUUUCAAAGAAACAAAUCUUAAUGACCAAGAUGAAAAAAGUAAAUUUAGGCAAUAUUGUAAAGUAGUUCGAAAUUUGCAUGUAAUGUUUAAAAAUUAACGAUAAAAAAUUACAUAUAAAAAGAAAAAGUCAGACACUUUAAUCAUGCAAUACAAUGGUAUUUCCAGUACAAGCUUUUGUAGGGUUGCUCGAUUUUACAGUUCAUACAUGUUUCAUGCAUAGAAUUUAAAAGAACCUGGUAUAAUAGCGUCUCCCCAUCACGAAAUGUGAGACAAUGAAACAAAUUCUCCAGGUUUGUAUGAGAUUAAAAUAGCACAGAGAUGAAAAAUUUAUCAAGCGAUUUUGUGGAAAAAUUCAUGGAUUUUUGCUUCAAUUUGCAAUAAAUUCCGCAAUUCUUUACAAAAUAUCAGAUGCGCAAUCUUUAGUUCCGCAAUUUACGAUUUUUUUGACCAUGAAUUCGCAAUGUUGCGUAUACUUUUCUUCCCUUAUGGUAGGUACUUAGGACCUCAAAAAGGAAGAAAAUUACCUUUUAAAA